CGAUGACCAUCGACAUAAACGUCUCCGGAUGUCGGAGUGUCUGCUUUCCGUCUGCCGGACACAACGCGUUGCCUAUGGCUCAUGGCUCUCACGGCUUUAUUGUGUCGAAGAGUUGGGGCAGCUCGCACUCGAACACCUGCGUCAACAGCCGUCCUCGUCGUCUACUAUUGCCACCCCAGUCUCCCACUCUUUGUCACCCGCCCUCUGGAGUCCGAAGUCUGGUCGCCGGACACCAAUCCCACCGCUCCAAGUUUCCAACGAGCACGGUGCACGGUGCACAUCCACGAUGCGUGCAGCUCGAGGCCUCAGCGCUGCUCUUUGGCCAAGCUGAUUGUAUUCCUGCUUGGUGUGGCAGUAUCUACGUCUGGAAUUGAGGUGCAGCAGCAGGUGGGUGUUGGAAGUGAAGCUUCCUGGGGCAUGCAGCCAGAUGGAAGAGAUUGAUAAGACGAACAAAGUAGACAAGAUCCUUGUACUGUAGAGAAAGAGAGCUGGAGAAAUCAAGGCUCGGUUCAGUUUUCGAGCCACAUUCAUUCGGAAAUCCCCUCUCUUUUACACAAACAGCUUCCGGCAACAAAAAAAGUUUCGAAAGGCUGCCUGCGGGUGACGACUCAAGACACCAUCUUCGUGCACACGUAACGCGCUCCAAGUGGUCAGAUAAUGGGUGAGCCGAAGAUUCAUGUGGUCGACGUGACCGCAUCUUCAGCAGGCGACAGGUCUCCGCUCGAG